GUCUAUAAUACAUUAUCAUCAUGCAAUACUACACGAUAUUAGAGUCAAUUUCRUAUGAGAURGGAAACGGACGGUACUGUACUGUGACCGUAAUCGUACACUKUAACCAAAUUCUUAGUGUUUCACUGGUUCACAAAAUUGUGGAGGCCAGGUAAGGUAACUGUGCAGUAACCAUGCUGUAAUUUAUACCGUAUGUGUCCCACUCAUACGAAAUUGACUCUAUUGUCAUUUAUUAAAGGUUACACUURCAAAAGCAGCAUCAUGAAUAUAGAGAAAACUAGUUAAAUGUUUUUCAACUGUGAUGGUACCCGUGUAUAUAAAUCUUCAUCAGGAUCAUCUACAUCAUCUUAAAUAUUUCACAUCAUUGAGGGGAUAGGGUCAGGUGUUGGUGGAAAUGCUUGCAGAAAAAAUGUUCAAAGAUAUCACUAAAAGGCACCUUAUUCCUGUUUUGAUGGGUUUUGAUAGCAGAAAUGAAAUCUAAAAAUCCAUAYAAAAAGGGUUAUUCUGGAAUCCGAAAUCUAUAACCGAGAAAAAUCGUUCAAAUCAGCAAGGAAAAUUGCCUAACUCCCGCRACUAUAUAAUUUYAUAAGUGAGCGACAAYCAUCCACAGGAACGAUAGUUUUCUAUUUGGCAGUCGUAAUUGUCAAAUUAGGGAAUUGAGGAAUUAAAAAAGGGGGGAGAAUGAGAAACGAGAAAAAGGAACUAAAGAAGAGAACAAGCCAAUCAAUCAUGCAAAUAUCAACAAAUUUGUAGUUUUUAUUUGUACUGAGUUCAAUAAUAGAUAUAAUUGAGGAGUAAAUUCAUAAAGUAAGAAAGCAUAUAUAUUACCAAAAAAGAUUAUGGUAUGGCGAGAAAACGAUUCAAAACGUGACGCUUAAUUGCUGCGAGUUCGAGAAAAUCCUCUUGGAGUUGAUGGAAACGUCUCAUAAUUUGUACUGCAUUCGAGUAAACACAGUGAAACCGUGAAAAAAAAUCCAGAUUAGUCCAAAAAUCCAAUUUAGGAACUAAAGUCUCUUCUCAGUAACAUGUAAAGCUAUAUAGUUAACUAUUUGUGUCCAGCAAMCUGUUUAGACUUUAUUGCUAAGAUUAGCAUUCGGAUUGGCUAGUUGUUGAACGUAUUUAAUGGUAGCAGACUAGAGACGGGAAAUUCUAGCAAUUUUUUUUUUCUUUUUUUCGUUUGUUUUUUGUUUUUCCAUUACUAGAACUAAUUUAUCCUGUAUUUUAUGGGUACUAUUUAUGAUACAUAUCAUACUCGUAAUGUCGCAAACAAAGGCUUGGCUUGCAAGUAUAUAUACUGUCGUACUUUGAAAUAGCUGCGGCACGUGAGACUGAUCUCGUGUAGUGUGACUAAACAAUUUCAUAUACUAAAUGUCAAUCAAGAACGACUUCAUUAAAAAGCGCAACUUAUUAUAAAGCUCACCGCAUACGGAGUUUAAAUAAUACGAAGUUUGACAAGCUUGCUGAAUUUAAUUAUGUGACUCGAUUAUUAAAAUGCGACUGCACAAUUUGGUGCGGGUCAUAGUACGGCUACUCUUGGAUUGACAAAAAAUGAGGUCAUCCUCGGGCUCCCAGUGAGGGAGAGAUUGGCCCAGGGUUGUUAAAAUUAGGUGUAUAAUUAGGAGGUUUCAUCUCAGACCUUUCUCAGACUUUCAAACAUACCGACUUAUAAGUGCAGGGCAAAGACUAAACCAAUAUUUAAUACUGGUACCUGCUGACAAGGACAGAUGGAGACAAUUUGCAACCUGACGUUUCGACAUCCUGCGUGGAAGUCGAAACGUCAGGUAACUAGUCUAUAUACAACAGUCUUCCUCAAGACUUCACGCAUCUGGGCCCGGACGAUCAUAUCACGUGACAUACAUCGCUUAGUCCUUAUACCUGGUUCAGACCAUUCACUCUCAUGCGUUCACUAGGACGACAGAGCGAACGACAGUGUAUUAUUUAUGAUUUAGCUAUGGAAAGGAAGGGAAAGAUUUAAGAAUUUAUGAAUUAGUUUGUCUUCCUGUGCUCUUCCAGUCUUGGCCACGAAACGACAUCAGUUCACUGCCGUCAAAGGUCAAAAUCGUUUUUGUCCCGAAAACAACCACUUCCUUUUUCUCGAUAAGUUGUCAUAGUGCAUUUCAAACAAUUUCGAGUAAGAGAGUUUUUAAAUAUGUCACAAGCUAAUCAUAUCAAAGCUUUGAAUGGGAAAGAAUACGAUACUUUUACAGUAAUGGACCUUAUGAUGAGCUCUGUAGACAAUCGUGAUCCACACAAACCAGAAACUCGUAGUAAUGUCAGUAAUGGCAAUGGCUACUCACCAGUGAAAGAACCGCUUUUAGAGGGACUGCCUAAGGUGAGCACCAAAACUGUACGUAUGUACGCAACCCGCAGUCUUUAGGUAAAUCUAGAUGUACAUUGCUGACCUGAAGGGUUUUCUUCAUAAUUUUAUUCUUGAUUAUCCUGGGGAGGGGGGCACUCCAUCGUACUUAGGACGGAGAGGAUUGUCGGACGUUUGAAAAAAAUAAUCAACACAAAAAGAUACCGAACGCUUACAUUUUAAUCCCGAUCAGAUGCCAGGUAGAAAAAAAAACACUAUUAAACACCUUCUGCUUGAAAGGUUCAUCAAAAAUAUUUCAUGUCUCUCUAAACACAAAACCGACAUUUUCAAUUUAAUUAUUGAAUAUUUUUAAAGCAGCCCUAUCACCGCAAAGUUCCUAAAGAAAUAAAGAAACAAAAAAAGGGAAUUAAAAACAUUUUUUUGGUGAAAUUCUAACAAAGUAAUUAAAGCUAUUGUCCUUUUAUCAAUGCUCUUGUUAUUUAGAGCCUCCCGUGUAUUGUUAUUAUGAUUACUAUGGAAAGGAGACCAGAGGAACGAUUUGAGCAUUUAUGAAUUAUUACUAGUUUGUCUUCCUGUUGUCUUGCAGUCUUGGCUACAAAACGACGUACAUGCCAAUAUCAGCUCAAUUCCGUCAAAGGUCAAAAUCGUUUUUGUCUUGCUACGCGUACUUCCUAGAAUUACCACAUGCUUUUUCUCGAUUUGUUGUUAUAGUGUAUUUCAAACAAUUUCGAGUAAGAGAGUUCUUAAUAAGUCACAAGCUAAUCUUAUCAAAGCUUUGAAUGGAAAAGAAUACGAUACUUUCACAGUAGUGGCAAUGAUGAGCUCAACUCGUGUAGACAAUCGUCAAGAUACACCAGAAACUCGUAGUAAUGUCAGUAAUGGCAAUGGCUACUCAAUGAAGGACAAGGCACCGCUUUUAGCGAAACUACCUCGUGUGAGCAGCAAAACUAAUAGCAAAAAGAGUUGGAUAGCAUCUACGUUUUCAAGAAGGGAGUGUAUCCGUUUCAUAGUUAACCCAAAGAAACCAGAUGGCCCAGAUCCCGAUUGCCAGUGCGGUCGUGCAAAAUCGAAGCAUACUAGCAAAGCCCUAGGACAUGACACAACUGCGACAGACUGGAACCCAGACCGCUUCACGAGGCAGUUGCCCACGAAUGCUUAUGGCGAGGUGGAGUUUCAGGGAACUGGUAGCCAGAAUAGAUCACCGUACGUCCGUCUAUCGCACGAUACAGAUGCGAAUAAAGUACUGGAUCUGAUGUUAAAACGAUGGAACCUAGAGGUUCCAAACUUGGUAAUAUCUGUGACGGGUGGUGCAAAAAGCUUUGUUCUCAAGCCUCGGUUAAAGGAGGUCUUUCGACGAGGUUUGGUGAAGGCUGCUAAGACAACGGGUGCUUGGAUUAUUACUGGCGGAACCAAUACUGGCGUUAUGAAGCACGUAGGGGAAGCUGUUAAAGAGCAACAGUUGAUGCUGGGGUCGGAUUCGGAAGUUCACGUCAUUGGUAUUGCAUCAUGGGGGAUUGUAGACAAACAGAAUUCUCUUAUACAAGAAAAGGGCGCCAGUGGCCGAUAUCCAGCUGUUUACAGUAUGGAGCCAACACCAGGGUUUAGUGGGGCGAUGCUGGAUUCAAAUCACUCUCAUUUCYUAUUGGUUGAUAACGGAACUAAGGGCAAAUAUGGYGUCGAGAUAAGCCUAAGGUCACGUGUCGAGGAAGGCAUUAUGGGACUGAAAACCGAUUCGCGUUCUAAAGCAGGUUCGAUUGGAGUUCCUGUGGUACUACUGGUCCUAGAGGGAGGGCCCAACACAGUCCAGACGAUGUAUGAAUUGAUUCAGAAGAAAGUCCCCGCUGUCGUUAUUGAUGGUAGUGGUCGUGCUGCCAACGUAGUCGCAUUUGCAUACAGCCAUACCGUAAAAAAGACCGUUGAUGGGCAGACGAUAUCAGUCAUCGAUCCCGCGUACGAGGAUGAAGUAAAGUCUAAAGUUAACGAGGUUUUUUCAUUUCUUGGUGAGAGCGGUGUUAAUAGUCUAUAUGAAAAGAUCAAGUGUGUACUGGAAGACGAAAAAAUGGUUUCUGUAUACCGUCUUGAAGAUGGUGCCAUAUCGCAAGAAAUCGACUUGGCUAUUUUAAAGGCAUUACUCAAAGCAAAUCGUUCAAGUCCUUUGGCGCAGUUAAACCUUGCUCUAGCAUGGAAUCGAAUCGACUUGGCGAAAAGUGAUAUUUUUACUGAAGAUAGACUUUGGACGACGGAACAAUUAUCAGGACCAAUGAUAACAGCAUUACUCGACGACAAGGCUGAUUUUGCGGAACUCUUUUUACACAGUGGUUUGAGUAUGAGUGAGUUUCUUACCACAGAGAUUCUGUGUCAACUGUAUGCCGGGGUUCCAACAAAUAGCACAAUAAAACCGCUGCUCCAGAAGGAAAUGAACAAAGUAGGGUUACAGAAUAUCAGUAUGCAGAUUGUCGGGGAGGUAGUGGAGCAGUUGAUGGGCGAUAUGUAUGUCAGUCAGUACUUAAGAAAUGGACAGUACUUUGAGGAUGUAACAGAAAAUAAUGCAAAGUUCGGUUCCAUGUCUCURAAGAGGAUGCUAAGYAGAUCGUCWAUGCAGCCGGCUUCUACUCAUAAUAUUAAUCUAAUCGAUCCAAUACCAACGCCUUAUCGAGAUGUCUUUUUAUGGGCUGUGCUGUGCAAUCGAAGGGAACUAGCCAGGGUUUUGUGGGAAGCUGGUCGACAGCCCGUUGCUGCUGCAUUAAUGGCAUGUAAAUUACUUCGCUCGUUGGCUAAUAAAGCGCACAGUGAUGACACUAUUACCGAUGUCAGUCAAGAUCUUAACGAACAUGCCAAGAUGUUUGAAGAACGAGCCAUAGGUGUUCUGGACGAGUGUUUUGGCGAAAAUGAAACUUUAUCCCAGACUCUGCUGGUCAGAGAGCUGGAACAUUUUGGACAUCUUACAUGUCUUGAUCUGGCAGUAUCUGGCGACAGUCAAAACUUCAUUUCUCAUACAGCUUGCCAAGUGCUGUUGACUCGUCUGUGGAUGGGUGCAAUGGCAAUGAACACUACGUCUUUUAAGGUGAUGUUAUGUAUGUUCGUCCCAUUUCUUAUAUUUCCAAUCAUCUAUUUCGUUCCCGACGAGCACCACGAGCGUCAAGAAGCUGAAAGAAGACAUAAGCAGUCUUUAGAAGCAUCUCGUCAUGAUAACGGAGCAGUAGUGCCCACUUAUCGCUCAAAGACUGAUAAUCGAACCUCCAUUGAUGAGGAAGCCAAAGUAGGAUUAGAYGAGGAAGAAGACGAGGCAGACCACGGUCACUUUGCUAUAGAGGAAUAUAUCCCAGAGAUUCGUCCAGACGAUUCCAUGGAAGUCAUGUUACGAUCAAAAAACCUCAGCGUUUGUCAGCGAAUUUAUGCUUUUUACUCUGCGCCGUUUACUAAAUUUGCUGGCAAUGUGGUUUCGUACCUGGCUUUCAUCCUUCUGUACGCUUACGUGAUAAUGAUGAAUUUUCCAAAAUUUGACGAAAACAAGACGGUGGGAGGAAUUUCUGCUGUCGAGAUAUUGCUGUACUUUUGGGUGUUCUCGAUUUUCAUCGAAGAAUGUCGACAGCUGGCUUCCAAGGCUCCCAAGUCAAUAUGGGAUAAAAUCAGUAUAUACUUAAGUGAUCCAUGGAACUUUGUUGAUAUUCUAUCGAUUGUGGCAUUCUUCACUGCGGUUGCUCUUCGUUUCUUUGAAGACACUUUCACUGCUGCACACAUUGUUUUAUCUUUGGAUAUCAUCAUCUUCAUUGCGCGAUCCUUGCAAAUUUUUUCUGUCAAUCGUCACCUUGGUCCCAGACUUGUCAUGAUCAGAAAAAUGAUGGAUGAUUUGAAGCAGUUUGUCAUAAUCCUGCUGGUGUUCUUGAUUGCAUACGGGAUAUCCUUAGAGGCAAUCAUGUUUCCUGGGCCAGGUGAAUUUGCACGUAAUGACACCUGGAAAUCCAUCCAAGGAGUGUUGGAAUUACCCUACUGGCAGAUGUAUGGUGAACUCUUCCUGGACGAAAUUAAAGGUGAAAAACCCGGUGAUUUUGGUGCAGUGUCACCGACUGGCAAGCAAAUUUCUCCUUUGCUGUUGGCUUUGUUCAUGUUAUUGGCAAACGUCUUGCUUUUGAAUCUCCUCAUUGCCAUAUUUAGCUACACAUUUGAACUCAUUCAAGAAGACUCGGAUAAAGUAUGGAAAUUCCAGCGAUAUGAUCUGGUCCAGGAAUACCAUAGCAGACCAAUAUUCUCACCGCCGUUGAUUCUGAUUGGUCAUUUAUUUGUCUUUAUUCGCUGGAUUUGGCAGCUCUGUCGAUGUGGAAAUCCACCUAAAGGAAGCUCUAUGAAAUUAACUCUUACUGGCAUGGAAAUGGAGCAAAUUGACAACUGGGAAUUUCAAGCUGCCGAAACGUUUUCAUAUCAGACACAGGCAGAUACCAGUGAUAAGCUGGAAGAACGCGUCAAAGCACUCGGAGAGAGGGUAAACAACAUGGCCAACAAGCUUGAUCGGCUGAUGGAUAACGUGCUGGACCCGCAGAAGAAGAUAGCACCGUCAGUCGAAGAAAGUGUCCAGUCAGGUGAUCCAUCAACGGACGGGAGACUGGGUCGACUAGAAGUAAACUUGACAAGCAACAACGAGAUGCUGUCAAAAAUAUUAAAGCUACUUGAAGCCGGUAAUAGUGUUCCACGUCCACCAGCCUCAGCUACAACCAUUGAAUUUAUUCACCACAAGGCACGCUCUUCGCCUUACCCUGGUUCGACUAUCAAGAGAGAAGAUGUCCCUGACAAUAAAGUCGAUUGGGAG